AUGACUAUAAAGGCCGUACAUCUCGAAAUCGUAAGUGAUUUAACAUCGGACGGUUUUCUUGCGGUUUUACGCCGAUUUAACGCCAGACGCGGUAUUCCCGAACAUAUUUACUCAGACAACGGUACCAACUUUGUAGGUGCAAAUAACAAAUUAAAGGAAAUAUAUGCGUUAGUAAAUCAAUUUGCAAAUCAACACCGUAUUAAGUGGCACUUUAUACCGCCACUCGCUCCCCAUUUUGGUGGAAUAUGGGAAUUAACCGUAAAGUCAUUUAAACACCACUUGAAACGCGUGAUAGGUGACUCUCUUUUUACGUAUGAAGAAUUAGAAACGUUUACAACCGAAGUCGAGAGCAUAUUAAAUUCUAGACCUAUCACGUCUAUAUCGACAGAUCCAAACGACUUACUCGUAUUAUCUCCCGCUCAUUACCUAAUUGGCAAACCUAUUACUUCUUUGCCGGAAAGCGAUUUAUUAAGUGUUCCAGAAAAUCGUUUAUCCAUCUGGAAACAUAUCAAAAGUCCGACAAGAUUUCUGGGCAAGAUGGAGUUUGAAAUACUUAAAUGA